GCGCUGGGCUGCGCGGCCGCGGCGCUGAUCCCCGCGGCUGACGUGAAGGUGGAGGUGCUGCAGAAGCCGUUCCUCUGCCACAGGAGGACCAAGUGGGGGGGCAUGAUGCUGGUUCACUACGAGGGCUACUUGGAGAGGGACGGCUCCAUGUUUCACUCCACUCACAAGCAUAACAAUGGUCAACCUAUGUGGUUUACACUUGGCAUAAGGGAAGCUAUCAAAGGAUGGGACAAAGGUUUGAAGGACAUGUGUGUGGGAGAGAAGCGGAAGCUAACUAUUCCACCAGCCCUUGCUUAUGGAAAAGAAGGGAAAGGAAAAAUUCCACCUGAGAGCACACUGAUUUUCAACAUUGACCUUCUAGAAAUUAGGAAUGGACCAAGAUCUCAUGAGUCAUUCCAAGAGAUGGAUCUUAACGAUGACUGGAAACUGUCCAAGCAAGAGGUGAAAAUUUACUUGAAGAAAGAAUUUGAAAAGCAUGGAGCAGUGGUAAAUGACACCCAGCAUGAUGCUUUGGUUGAAGAUAUAUUUGAUAAAGAAGAUGAAGACAGUGAUGGGUUUAUAUCUGCAAGGGAAUUUACGUACAAGCAUGAUGAGCUGUAGAAAAGGGUGGCAUAAUUUUUUUGACACAAAUGGCAGUGACUUAGACUGUCUGGUUCUCUUGUCAUCUUAAUUCUGUGUUUUGGAGUUGACAGCUGCUGUUGGCAAAGAAACACUCUGUUUAUGUAAAAGAGAAUUUCUGUUCGUUAUGUACAAAUGUUUUAAACUAUUUUAAAGUAUGAAAAUUUACCUCCUUUUAUGCAGCAAAGACUUGCACAUCAGUGUUUUUUAAAUUUUGUAUUAACUUAUUUUUCAGAAAUGAAA